CAUUGGCUCGGCUCUACAGGCUACAGCCAAACCCACUAACUAACCACUGGGCCCUGGGGAGUCACCACCCAACCCAUCACCCCUUAUGGCUUACGCAGUUGUGGGGGGGUGAACAGGCCUCAGGGAGGCCAGGGUGGGCCCUGGAGGGGACCUUUUCCUGGGGGAACUUGCAGGAGCCCAGCCCCUUCUCUGUCUCUAAGGACUCGCUCACCAGUCCACGUGGGACAUUCAGAUCUGUUCACAAGUGCCCACAAAGACUGCCCCAUGCCGCAGGGCACAGGCCCCCUCAGCCCAGACUUGCCCGCCGGCCACCCAGCCAUGGUUGCUCCAGAUCACGUCACUAGCAAGGACAAACAGAUGGAUUUCUGUUGGGAUCCUUGGCAGAGGUGCUUCCAGACCACCAAUGGCUACCUGUCAGACUCCAGGUCCUGCUCCAGCAACUACAACGUGGCAGCCCUGGCCACCUCGUCCCUCGUGGGGGUGGUGCAGAGCAUCAAGGACCACAUCACCAAGCCCACAGCCAUGGCUCGCGGCCGCGUGGCCCACCUCAUUGAGUGGAAGGGCUGGAGUGCACAGCGGUCGGGCUGGGAGCUGUCCCCCGUGGAUGACGAGCAUUACUGCUGCCUCCCAGAUGAGCUGCGUGAGGCCCGCUUUGCUGCAGGGGUGGCUGAGCAGUUUGCCAUCACGGAGGCCACGCUGAGUGCCUGGUCAUCGCUGGAUGAUGAGGACCUCUACCCCGAGAACAGCCCCCAGGACAUGAUCCAGCUGCAGGACCUGGAGAGCAUCUACCUUCAGGACAGCCUUCUGAGCCGCCCCUCGCAGGAUGAUAGCCUCCUGGCCUUCUCCUCCCCCGGCCUCUCCCCCGACUGGCCCUCAGCCGAGGAGCCCUCCAUCACAGCGGCCGGACCCCAGCCCUCCAGUCCCCAACAGCAGCAUCGGAGGCGGCUGCCAGGGGCCCCGGGGCCUGAGGGUGGGGCCCACCUGCAGGGCUCGCUCCCCUCGGUGGACAGCGGCUCCCUCUUGGAGGAGGAGGACGAGGUGUUCUAUAACUGAGGGGGCUGUGCCCCAAGCCGCAGACACCAUGACUUCACCUGGUGGGCAGCCCAGGUGUUCCCGGGCCCGGCAUCCCUGGGCCCCCAGGGCAGGCGGGUGAGGGCGGCAGGACGGGCCGGCACUCCUGUGGACCAUCUGUGCCUCCUUCUGUACCUGGCUCAGGUGGGCACCUCCCCCUGCAGGCCCCUGCCCUCAGGGAGCUCGAGGGCUCUGCAGACACCAGGGCUGGUCACCUGGAGGAGGUGACGGCCAGACCCCCAGGCAGACAAGCACGGAAGGGCCUGAGAGAUCCCCUGGGAUUGGGGCCUGGGGACCCUGCCUUGACCCCUGGCUCAGCCCCUCGCCCCUCCCUCUGUGCUUCUGCCCCCCCAUCAGAGGUGGGGUAGCCUCUUCUGGUAGCUAAAUAUCUGCCCCUCAGCUGUCAUCACACAGAGACCUGUCUCCUUGAAAGGUCUGUCUGCCCCUUGCUCUCUGAACCCUGGGGGCCCAGCUCCCCUUCUCUGCGCCCCGCCCCAUCUCCCCGAAGGUUCUCUAAAGACAUUAAAUUGGUGGAUUCACCCUGGAUGAACUUGGCCUGGUCUCUGCAGGGGAAGGUGUAUUCUUGGGCCCCUGGGGGUGAAGGCUACAGGAACUUAGGGAAGGGGCCUACCCCCCAA